AUGCAAGCAAAGAAACAAUUACAAGAUUAUGUUACAAUUGCAUUUGCCAAAGGGGCUGUACAAUGGGGUUGGAGGUUGGGAAUUUUCACAGGGACUUUUAUUUUAAUAACAACAACUGUGUCAGUAUAUCGCGGCGAUACAUCUUUAGUAGAGUAUAUUUUUGCUGGUGCAAUCACGGGAGCUAUUUAUAAAGCCAAUUUAGGAUUAGCUGCAAUGAUUGUUGGAGCUGGAGUUGGUGCCACUUUAAGUACAUUGGGAGGAUUAGCUAUUUUUAGGCAUUUUAAAAGCUACUGGAGUCACAAUGGAUGA